AUUCUUUUCCAUAUAUACAACUGCAGAUAUUCAACUUCAGAGUUAUUCUUCGUUCGAUGAUCCGAGUUUGGUAGUUGCCAACUUGCCAUUCAUAUUGCAACUCAUUUUCUUUUCCAUCUUGCGAUAAAAUCACACUGAAAGUUUUCUGUGGAAGAUAUUUUUUUCGUUUUUCGCGGUUGUGAGCUAAAGUUGGUUUAAUCGAAGCAUUGAAGACGGUUUGAGAUUCUCUGUUGUUUUAGUUCCACUCGUUUCUUGCAGACUUUGCAGCCACUUUUCCGAUAUUUAUUUUUCUUGGACUUGAAUGAGUAUGCUCUUGGAGAAUGGGUGAAGCGGUUCUGGCUAGCUGUGAAAAGGGGUUGGAGAUGAGGUUGGGGCUGGAAGAGUUGAGCAAGAUGAACCAGUUGAAGGAUGAUAGCUCCACAGAAAUGGUUAAGUGGGACAACCUUCUUCCUCAGACGGUGCUCAGUGUUCUACUUGUGGAAGCUGAUGAUUCUACUCGCCAGAUUAUAGCAGCCCUUCUCCGUAAAUGUAGUUACAGAGUUGUAGCGGUUUCUGAUGGAUUAAAGGCAUGGGAAACAUUGAAGAAGAAAGCUCCUGAUGUUGAUCUCAUAUUAACUGAAGUGGAGCUGCCGUCAAUAUCUGGAUUUGCACUUCUUACUUUAAUCAAGGAGCACGAAAUUUGUAGAAACAUACCUAUCAUAAUGAUGUCUUCUCAUGAUUCUAUUAGCAUGGCAAUGAAAUGCAUAUUUAAAGGUGCAGCUGACUUUCUUAUAAAACCUGUUCGGAGGAAUGUGCUAUCGACCUUGUGGCAACAUGUGUGGAGAAGGCAUCCUAAAAAACUUGAAGCUACUUCAGAAAACAAUGUUGCCAACAAUCAUUCUACUGGUUCUGUGGCUUCCACACAGAAAAACAAUGAAUGCUGUGAGAAAAAGAGUGAGGCCCAAAGCACUUGUACAUCGCCUAUUUUGGAAGCUGAGAGUGCAUACAUACAAAAUAUGCAGGAUGCGUCCCAGCCCAGGAGUUAUUCAAAUUUGAGCAACAUUGACACAGUGAAGUAUGAAGAGUCUUCAAAAUUUGAAAGAGACUCCGCUAGGCAUAAUAAUGGAACUACGAGGAAGUCGAUUAUUUAUUCAUCAGAGGCUGCUAGGUGCAACAGCAUUACGAACUUGACAAAUUUAAGGCUGGAGCCAGACAACUGUGCUGAAAAAGAGAAUCAGGAUGACUCUUUAAGAGCAGAGUUAAAUAGAGAAAGUCCUAGUUUUGAUACAGAGAUUCAUGGCUGCAAGAAUGAAUUGGUAGAACUUUCUAGGGGAACUAUUGACUUGAUUGCCACAUUUGAGAACACUCCAAAGAAUGCUGAUGAGAACUAUAGUCUUGCUGAUGGUGGGAGAAACAAGUUUGAUUUCGAUCUGCAGUUGGAACUUUCCCUGCGAAAUUUUUCUGGUAGUUCACGUAAACAAGAACCUGAGGAAAGGCAAACAUUGCACCAUUCAGAUGCAUCUGCCUUUUCUUGUUAUAGUGGUAAUAAGUUGCCACAGCCCCUUUUUCCAGCAUUACCAACGAGUUCCGCCAAAGCCUAUAGCACUGUGCUGAAUUCCCAGAAUUCUAAUGAAACAUCUGGAUUCGAUACUUCUUAUCUGUAUGGUGGGACAAAUCAUGCUCGGGAGAAUACAAUCCCACUGGCCCUUCACCAAUCUGGACGAGUUGGAGUACAAUCGCGAAAUGUUCAUCCUGGAUCCUCUCCUGCUACUGGUGUUACUUCUGAUGACAUGUUCAGUGGACAUGGCAAUGUUAUGCCUUCUAUGUUCUGCACAGAAUCCAGUGCUCAUCCCAUGUGGAGUCCCAUGUCAGUCAGCCAGAAAGAGAAUUCUCCCUUUCCUGAAAUUACAUUCGUGUCAAAUGCUGAUAGUCACAACUCAGAACUACAUUACCAUUGGUCUGAUGCCACCUGUGCUUCUCUCGAUAAAAAGACAGAGCGCGAUAGCAGCUACUUGGAUCCCACGAUGCACGAAUAUCCAGGUGCUUAUCAGAAUACCAGUAUUGGUUCAUGCCAUCAAACUCCAAGCCAGAUCAAUGAUGGUUCGUAUGGAAGUCUGGGCAGUAUAAGAGAUGGAGAUUAUACUUCAGCUGUGGUAAUGGAGAAAACCCCUGAAAGCUUUAGUAACAACGGUUAUCACGAUUAUGAAGAAUGCAGAGGGGCAGAUUCCCAGCGUUCUAGCCUAAGGGAAGCUGCUCUAACAAAAUUUCGACUGAAGAGGAAAGACAGAUGCUAUGAGAAAAAGGUCAGGUAUCAAAGCCGGAAAAGACUGGCAGAGAAGCGUCCUCGAAUAAAAGGGCAAUUUGUGCGUCAAGUUCCAAAUGAUUGUCCGCUUGUGGAUUCUGGUGGUGGUCCCUGAUUUUUUUUUUUUUUUUGCGUUUUAAGAUACCUGCUUUUACAUGUAUAUUAUAUAGUCUAACUCUAACCCUAUUGUGCAUCUGGAAGGAGAAGCUGCAGUGUAGGGGCUUGCGUUUGUGGUAGGAUGAUAAUGUUAAGGCUAAGAAGGUCGAAUGUUUAGCAGUUGGUGUUUUAGUGGUUAUGAUAUUUUUCUUGUAUUUUCUUUUCGUUGUGUUGACAAACUUGGAAAUUUAGGAUUGUAUUUAUUUAGUUGGAUUGCAGGUUAAGUUUUGCUUUUCUAUGCUGUAUAUGGUUUGGUUGCCUUUGACGAAUGCCUACAUAUAUAAGGUUGUGAUUA